AAACAAGAAACACUUACCAACCUAAGCGUUGGUAGAGAAAAGCUAAAUCACAAUGAGAUCUUCUUCUAAGAUGGGGCCUUCUGCCCAUCUCAUUUCCGCUCUAGGAGUUAUCAUCAUGGCAACAAUGGUUGUUGCUUAUGAGCCAUACACAUAUAGUUCUCCACCACCACCGUAUUCUACACCAUCUCCUAAGGUUGACUACAAAUCUCCACCACCUGUAUACAGUUCCCCACAUCCACCGCCAUACUACUCUCCAUCUCCAAAGGUUGAGUACAAGUCUCCUCCACCACCGUAUGUUUACAGCUCUCCACCACCACCAUACUACUCUCCAUCCCCUAAGGUAGACUACAAAUCUCCUCCACCACCGUAUGUUUACAGCUCCCCACCACCACCAUAUUAUUCUCCAUCCCCUAAGGUAGAAUACAAGUCUCCUCCACCACCGUAUGUUUACAGCUCCCCACCACCACCAUACUAUUCUCCAUCCCCUAAGGUAGACUACAAGUCUCCUCCUCCACCAUAUGUCUACAGCUCUCCACCACCACCAUACUACUCUCCAUCCCCUAAGGUUGACUACAAGUCUCCUCCACCACCGUAUGUUUACAGUUCCCCACCACCACCAUACUACUCUCCAUCGCCUAAGGUAGACUACAAGUCUCCUCCUCCACCAUAUGUUUACAGUUCUCCACCACCACCAUACUACUCUCCAUCCCCAAAGGUUGUAUACAAGUCUCCUCCUCCACCAUAUGUCUACACCUCUCCACCACCACCAUACUACUCCCCAGCACCUAAGGUUGACUACAAGUCUCCUCCACCACCUUACGUUUACAGUUCCCCACCACCACCAUACUACUCUCCAUCCCCAAAGGUUGUAUACAAGUCUCCUCCUCCACCAUAUGUCUACAACUCUCCACCACCACCGUACUACUCUCCAUCCCCAAAGGUAGACUACAAGUCUCCUCCACCACCAUAUGUCUACAACUCGCCACCACCCCCAUACUACUCUCCAUCCCCUAAGGUAGACUACAAGUCUCCUCCACCACCAUAUGUUUACAGUUCCCCACCACCACCAUACUACUCUCCAUCCCCUAAAGUUGUAUACAAGUCUCCUCCACCACCGUAUGUUUAUAGUUCCCCACCACCACCGUACUACUCUCCAUCCCCUAAGGUUGUAUACAUGUCUCCUCCUCCACCAUAUGUCUACAGCUCUCCACCACCACCGUAUUACUCUCCAUCCCCUAAAGUUGUUUACAAGUCUCCCCCUCCCCCAUAUGUCUACAGUUCUCCACCACCACCAUAUUAUUCUCCAUCCCCUAAGGUUGUAUACAAGUCUCCACCUACCCCAUAUGUCUACAGCUCUCCACCACCACCAUACUACUCUCCAGCCCCAAAGGUACACUACAAGUCUCCUCCACCACCGUAUGUUUACAGCUCCCCACCACCACCACACUACUCUCCAUCCCCUAAGGUUGUAUACAAGUCUCCUCCACCACCAUAUGUUUACAGUUCCCCACCACCACCGUACCACUCUCCAUCCCCUAAGGUUGUAUACAAGUCUCCUCCUCCAUCGUAUGUCUACAGUUCGCCACCACCCCCAUAUUAUUCUCCAUCCCCUAAGGUUGUAUACAAGUCUCCUCCACCACCAUACGUCUACAGCUCUCCACCACCACCAUAUUAUUCUCCAGCCCCUAAGGUAGACUACAAGUCUCCUCCACCACCGUAUGUUUACAGCUCCCCACCACCACCAUAUUACUCUCCAUCCCCUAAAGUUGUAUAUGAUUCUCCUCCUCCCCCAUAUGUCUAUAGUUCACCACCACCACCAUACUAUUCUCCAUCCCCUAAGGUAGACUACAAGUCUCCUCCCCCACCGUAUGUUUACAGUUCUCCACCACCAUCAUACUACUCUCCAUCGCCUAAAGUAGACUACAAGUCUCCUCCCCCACCGUAUGUUUACAGUUCCCCACCACCACCUUACUACUCUCCAGCACCUAAGGUUAACUACAAGUCUCCUCCACCACCGUAUGUUUACAGUUCUCCACCACCAUCAUACUACUCUCCAUCGCCUAAAGUAGACUACAAGUCUCCUCCACCACCAUAUGUUUACAGUUCCCCACCACCACCAUACUACUCUCCAUCUCCUAAGGUUGUAUACAAGUCUCCUCCUCCCCCGUAUGUCUACAAUUCUCCACCCCCACCAACGUACACACCUUCUCCCAAAACUGAGUACUAAGCUUCAUGCCCAGCCUCAUAUUACAAAAUGUAAUUGGGAUUCUUUUAUAACUUGUUGAGUUUUAUUUGAUCUCAUCUUUCGUUUUUCCGAUGCUAUUUGUAUCCAAUAAUUUUUAAUUUUCCUUGUAUGGAUUCAAAUAUUUUGCUACUAAAUCUACACAUGGUUUCAUGUUUUUCCUUUUAUUUGUGUUGCUUUUAAUCUAUAUGAAGUCCUUUGCAAUA